GUCCCCGGGGGCUGGGUGGUGGCGACGUGGCAGAAGCCACGGUUUUUUUAUCGCCGUGGCAGAGGACUCGAAGCCGGAACAGUUCACGUUGGAGGCCGAUAACUAUCUGGCGACGAUGACGAGGACGGGAGGAAAUGACGACGAGGAAGUGACUCGGAGCAACUCAACGACUCGUCGGUUCAUGAUAACGGGGCCUUUGUGGGGCGCCACCUACGCCAUCGCCCUCGUCUGUGAGUACCAGAGCUUGAGUCUGAACUGCGGGGGCUCGACGCUGGAUGCCAAGGUCGUGGGCUGCAACGUCACCGAGCAGUCUUGCAGAAUCCAGAACCAAGUGGUGUUCCGAAGACCCUACGGACUGAAGGCGGAGGUGGUGGGCGAGGGCGUCGUGCAGCUGACCUGGACCACGGAAAAGGCGGGCUGGGUCACGCCCACGUCCUCGCUGGAGAUCACUGACCCCGAGGGCAAUCUGGUGGAUCAGAAGACGCUUUCGAAUAAGAACAACAGCGUGAGUGUGACGGGCGUGUCAGGAGGCAACAACUACACCGUCACGUUCAUCCCUGAAGCAGACUCGGAUAAUCUGCCUCGAUUUUACUUCAGUUUGCAUAUCAUCGCGUGGCGGGACGUGACGACCUCGGAGCGCCUGGAGGGCUACGGAGCCUUCGUGACCGACGUGGACCUGAGUGCCACCAUCAUCUGGAACGGCACCUUGAGGGUCAGUUGGGUGCCAGCCACGGUCCUGGGCGUGACCUGGGACGGGGUCGCGACCUCCACCACCACCACGGCGGCCCCAACGACGACGACGACCACGGCGAUGACGACCACCACCGCCUUGCCAACGACGACGGCUCCCUCCACGACCACCACGGGUCAGCCAACAGACACGACGCAGACGGUCAACAUGAGCACAACGACCUCUCCAAUGGCAUCCACGACUACUACGGCCGCCCCGACCACGACCACUCCCGUCCCCUCGACCACGACCACAACUCCUACAAGCACGACUGCAAUCCGGCCAGAUACAGUCGCUCCUUCGCUCUCCGUCCAGCACAACACAGCGAAGGCCUUCAUGUACACCGUUACCCUUUCGUCAGAUAAAGGGGAAGUGGAGCAGAAUGUGAGCAUGACGACCAGCCCUUCCAUGCGCCUCGACUUCUGGUACAUGAGCAUGGAGAAGCAGUACAGCAUAGCCCUUACCUGUCACUUCGGCGGGGUGUCCGUGCCGUGCGGGUCUCACGUCCUUUACGUCGACAAGCCCCUCCAGUGGUCCAACGUCAACGACCGCUUCGUGGUGUACGCGGAGGGGCGUGGCCUCGGCGGCUGGGAGCACCAGGAGAAGGAGUGCAGGAAGGGCGAGGGGACGCUCGUGUCCUUGGCCACGUACGAGGAGGACGAGCGGCUCCUGACUGCGCUCGUCGCCAAGGGCACGCCGCCGCACCUGGACGUCUACUGGCUGGGGCUCAACAUGUGUCCCGAUUACGACGGCGAUGUGUGGAGUGACGGCUCACUGUGGCAGCACUCGAGACUGCCCAACGUGAGGCCCAUGCUGUCCAGCGAGACGUGCUGCAUCAAGGCCGUGUGGAGGCCGGAGAGGCAGAUCUACAACUGGCUCGGGGAGGACUGCCAGGCGCUCUUCCCCACCGUGUGCGAGUUCCAUCCGCAAGGCCUGGUGGGCAGGGUCGUCGACCUCCGGCGCAGCGACGCGUCCACCACCGAGGCGGCCGCGACCUGGAAGUACCAAGCCAACUACUGGACGCCCAACCUCUUCGUCAUCAGGACCUGCGUGGUGAUGGACCUCGAGGACCUGGGAACCGCGGAAAGGAAGGCGACGUCAGACUGCAUCACAGGGAACGUCACCAUCAACGCCACGCGAUUCACCCAAGAGAACCUCGAGCCUUAUAAGGAGUACCAGGUCAACGUCAGCGCCAGCCUCACCAGCAUCGGCUACACGGGGCCCUCCGCCGCCGCCUUCGUCAGGACGCAUCCGGAAACCCCAGUGAUGGUGCAGGUUCUUCCCUCGGGUCACCUGCGGGUCGUGUGGGCUCAGAAGGUCGCUGAGUUCGCUGAAGACGACAACGUAGUGAUGAAGGUGACCGACGGCGACGGCGCGGAGAAGCAGCAGACGAUCCAGGCGAGGGGCGUGCUCCUGGACGGCCUCAAGCUGGGCGCGACCUACAGCGUCAGUCUGGAGGAGUUGGGCGGGAAGAGGAGGAAGGAGGCAGCGUCCGUGCAAGCUUACCCCCCGUGCGAGUGCGGCGACGAGUGCCACCUCCGGGGCUGGUGCUUCGAGCCGUCUCCCGCGAAGGUCAACUCCAUUACGGCGAUCCGCGAGUGCCAGGACGAGGAGACGAGCCUCGCGACGGUCUCCAGCUCGGAGCAGGUCGACCUCCUCCUCAAGCUGGCGGACAAGGUUGGCGACGACUUGUGGGUGUCGGAGAGGUCGGAGAGGCUGUCGGCGUCGCGAGAUACCCUCAGACUCUUAGCGGAGGGCGACUCAGAGAUCCUCGACGACGAAACCGCCGCCGAGGAGUCGACCACCGCCAUCCCGAUGCCCUCCCAGUGCCUCGUCGUCUCGCGGGCGGAGAGGGCCGUCGUGGACGAGCCGUGCGCCAACAUCCACACCGCCGCUUGUGGUCGGAAGGUUCCAGUGGCCAAAGCCUUCCCGCCCACGAGCAGCAUGAAGAUCGACGUCGGAGCCAGCUGGAUCUCUCUGGACUGGAGCAACACGGACUGGGUUUGGAAAGCCACGUACACAGUUUAUUACCAGAGGACACGUGAGCGGCGUUACAAGAGGGCCCUCAAGUCGAUGGAUUUCAAGGCUCCUCCAGUUCUCAUCAGCAACCUUCAGAGGGACACUUCUUACACGUUAGAGCUCGUGGCUGACCUCGAUAACGGGUUCCUGUCGUCGUCUAACGAGUUCGAAGCCUCCACUUCCAACUCCACUGACAGGGCGUAUCCAGAUAGGCUAAAAGUGGGUUGGGCGCCAUCUUGGGACUACCAGAUUCUACAGCUCGUAAGCGCGGCCAUUUUGGUUGCUUCCUGCAUUACUACGAUGCUCCUUUUCUUCGCCACUGGCAUGUUCUACCAGGACUGUGUGGCCCAGCUGGGGUUCCUGGCGACUCUCAUGGCUGCCUACUUCAACCUCAUGUUAGCCCACCCCUCGACGGUCAAUGCGGAUAAUGAAACUGGGUGUAUGAUCGUCGCCAUCAUCUUGCACUUCCUGUUCACGUGUUCCUUCAUGUUCCUGAUGUUUGAAGCUCUGACUAUCGCUCACCUUCUCGUGGUUCAGAUUAAGAGUCCGUUUCAGAACUCCAACUGGCUGAUGAUGAUUGUGGGUGUCCUGGUUCCCGUUCUUAUUGUGUGCAUUUCGGCUGCCAUUGAGUAUUCUAAGUAUCCGGAUUUCACGAAGCAUAAUUGCUGGCUCAACCCCGAGAGCUCCGCCAUGUGGGCCGAGGCUAUUCCUAUCGUGGUCCUGCUGAUAGCUACGUUGUUCCUGCUCCUGAACACCCUGCGUAGUCAGGAGACACCUCCAGCUCUCAUCGAGGUUGAUCUCCGCGGUAGACAAAGCGACUCCCACAAGCUGCGUUGGGUGAUACUUGCCCUGGCGGUGGAACUGUUCGUCGUCUGGAUAACAGGAGUAACUGCAUACCAGUACCACGAUUCAAGUUUACACGUCGUUUUUGGUAUCUUCACUCUUAUCCUCGCAUUCACCAUAGUAGCCUGUCGAACCACGUUUGAUGACACGUUCCGCACCAAGAUGCAUCGCCUGUGUUGUGGGACUGAACUCACUUACAAGCGCAGUGAAAUCCUUACCCUCAGUGGGAGGUCGCGUGUAGGGCCCUCGCCUGUGCAAAUGAUGAACACCUCAGCGACCUCGAAUAGUCCAGUUCGCUCGCCUCGUUCGGCUCGUUCAGUUCCUUCAUCCCAUGUCUCGGCUACUGAGGAGAGGACCAGCCAGGUAACGACAUCAAGUUACUCGCUCCCUAACACACCUCCAGAAGAGAAGACUCAGGAUUAUAUUCUCAUUAGGAGGUCAUACAACUUCAAUGAAGAUGAUCCUGAUGAUUAUUAUUGAAAAUCUUCAGUCUAGUAUGAAGGUUCAUCAAUUUGGGAAUAUUGAAAAAGAAAGAAGUGAUAUUUAAUAUUACUAGAUUAUUUUCCCGUCUAAAUCAUGAUCAUAAGAAUUUUAGUUCUGUGUUUUGGAAGUAAAAAAAGUACAAGCAUAACAUUAAUUACAUUAGUUAUUUCUUAAAAGUGUGCCUUUCUUUGUAAUAAAUCAGUUUUCUUUGCAAAAUAUUAGGUUUUGAUUUAUUUGAUUUUAGGCAUUCCCCACAUAUUUAAGUAAGAUCAUAAUUUUACUGCAGUAGUAUUGAAGUUGUAGUGUGUGUGGAUAAAAUGUAAAUUCUUUUAAAUAAUCUUUAUUCCUUUGUACAUCUUGGUACAUGUACAGUUCAUUUAGGUAAGAAAUUGUCAGUGAUUACUGUCAUGGUAUAAAGUCUGUGAUUCAAUGUUGUGUUAUGUGAAAUACCUUUUCUUAUUAAUAUGUAGUUUUUUCUUGCUAUGUUUAUCUGGAAAACUGAUUUUGUGACACAGUUAACAAAAAAGUAGGAAGUAAAUAUUUUUAUGUAGAUAUAACUUUUUCCUCUGACAGGUUUAACAUACUGGAGUCAAAACAAACCUUCAAAUGAAUACAAAGGACAUUCAUGGAAUGGGUACAUGUGAUUUUCUUUUUGUAUCAUUUCCUGUCUGUGAUAUGUUACUGUUGAGAAUGGACCAAUCUGUUCUCACACACCAUGAGAGUCCUUAUGUGUUUAAAUAUAAGUACACUUUGAGUUCAUCAAAUAGUCAUCUCAAAUAAAAUGUAAGUAAUCUUUUAUAAUUCAUAAAAGAUUUAUGUAAUUUGUAUGUUGUUACAGUCAAUCAUGCUGCAUAUUACAGUUAGAUGGGUGGACUGUCAGCUUUCGUUUGCGUGCAACUAUUCACAGGCUUGUCUAUUAUGCUAAAAAGACUGUCCUUUUCUUUUAAUAUAUUCUUAUAUCAAAAAUGACUUCAUACAUAUACAAAAUAUGAACAAAAGCAAGUACGUCAAAUGAACAGAGAUUAUCAAGACAGGAAUUUGUAACAUGACGGCAAUAAUUUUUAUAACUUGCAGACUGAGACCAUUUCUAAUCAACAAUAUAUGUAAGGUCGUAUAUUACAAGCUGAUCAGCUGAGAAGUUUGUGGGAAAUAUUGAAAGCUUCAUGAAGACUUGUGUAUCUACAUUACAAGAGCCUGGAACUACAACUAGUCACUAGAUAAAACCAAUGACCAGACCUCAGCAUCUACCUUAGUUACCCUCUUUGUAAUAUUAAUGAAGGAGUUAAGUGUGCAAAGCAAUAAAGCAAAAUAUAUAUUUAUACAUAUGUAUAUAUAAUAAGUAGGUUUCAUUAGUUAUUCAGUAAACCCAAAGUUAUCUAUUUUCCCAUUUACUUCAGCAGCAUCCCUAAAGUUAACAAUACAGCAAUGUGACACAAACUAUUAUCCUUUAUAUAAUUCUCUACAUUUUCAAACUUGUAAGCUACAAUAGUAUAAGAUUUGAUCUAUCAAAAUCUUUUUUCUUGUCACAAACAGCUAAAACUAAUAGGGGUUUCGAAUGAUCCACAACGGUUGGUGUGCAUUUUUUUUUUGCAUAAAUAUCAACCAACCCAUUUAAUUCUCAAAUAAAUGCAUUGAUUUUGUUCAGGGGUCCUAUAGGUACUCUAUACAGGCAAGCAUAACAGGUAAGAGUAGCUACAGACAUUUGUAUUCCUGUCUAUAAAAUCUGGAAAGGUGGCUACAAACAGGUUUUGUGUGUUGAUUAGCUUAUUAUUAGUAAUGCCUAGCUGUUCCGGCUUGGAAUGGUUUGUAAUAUAUUGUGGAAUAUAAAGUGAUUUUGAGAUUAAUGGUUGUAUAU